GUGAACGGACGUGAAAAGCGAAAAGUGGAAAAGCUAAGAAACCGAAAACAGAGAACAAGCGCGUGCGUGCAUGCCAAGCGAAAAGUUAACCGUUGUCGCUUUUAACUACCAAGAUCGUAUUUCGCCAUCGGGCAAAAUUACUACAAAUAAGUGCAAGUUGGCCUGUGUCUGUUUUUUUGUUAUAUUUUUUAUCGAAGACAAGAACUACUGAUAAAACGAGAUAAUUGUAUCUCGCCAAACUUGUUCUCGCCGGAGCCCGAGCAGGCAGCAUCAGCCGCAGAUAGCAAGUGCUCUUGUGCAAAUUGUCGAUUGUGGAAGGGAAAAACACACAAAGAAAAUCGGUCCGGUCUGUCGUCUAUAAAGAAUAUCAUCAUCUCAAAGGGCAGCAGCCGCGGCGAGUGGUUUAUCUAGAUGUUGUCGCGUCUUAUCUCGAACAGUCGGUGAGGGUGUUUUCCAGUGAAUCUAAAGUACAUAACAGAGUACAUAGCAUAUAGUGUGUCUGUGCCAAAGCUCGUUGUCGAGUCAGCGAACAGCUGUCGAGUGCCCUUGAGUGGGCGGCUGCGUGAUCAUCUGCGGGGUAUAGCAAGUCGGAUAUACAUAGCUGCUCCGAUCCACCGUGAACAGUGUGUCAUUACAGCAAUUAUGACGGCCGAGACCCUCAAGCCGUUCAUAACCCCGACAAGUGCCGGCGAUGGCUUUCCGGCCAUGUCCACGAGUGCGGCAACUGCCCAGCGACGCACACGCCAGCUGAUACCCAUUGUCUUGGCGGUCAUCGGUCUGGUGUUGGUUACCGGCAUUCUCAGUUUAACGAUCUGGCAGACAAUGCGGGUCUCGCAUUUGAACAGGGAUCUAAAGAGCCUCAGGCGAGUCGUGGACAGUCUCCAGCAGCGUUUGGGCAUCAACUAUCUGGAGGAGUUCGAUGAGUUCCAGAAAGAGUACGAGAAUGCCUUCAUCGACUAUCCUAAAAAGCAGGAAGCCCUCACGGAUGCCGACAUGAACGACGACGACGAUGAUGACGAUGUCUUGAGUCCCAUUGAAGAUGAGGAUGAAAAUGAGGAUGGCACCGUCGACGAGGACGACGAUGACGAAAACUAUUCCUUUAUGGAGGAAGAUGGCACAGAUUACGAGGACUAUACCGACAUGCUAAACAAGCUAAACUCCAAGCUGACCACCGAGGAGGAGGAGGCUGCCACCACGCCCACUUCGGAUCCCACCGAGGAAACAGCGGCAGAUGGAGGAGAUUCUAGUAGUGCCUCCAAUGAUGACAAUGUCUUUGAUGACUUUACCUCCUAUAAUGAUCGCAAAAAGAAGCAGGAGAGGAAAUCUCGCUCUAUUGCCGAAGUACGUAAUGAACAGCAGACUGUCCAGGGAAAUCAAACCACACACACUGGGGAGAAGAAAUCCGAUGAGGCCGUAACCAAGGAGAGCUCCACCCUUCAUCAUCGCCGCAAAAUGCUUUCCCGUUCGGGUCGCCAUCGCAUCCUGCCCCGCAAAGGUGAAUCUCUUAUUUCAGCCAGAUCCGGUGACUUGUUCGCCGCCGUUGCCUCCAAGCCGGCGGCCCACUUCCAUCUGAGUAGCAGGAAGCCGCACCAUUGGCCGCCAAGCUACAAUGGUGACAUGUACAUUGGCAAUGCGCCCGAGGAGAGCAAGCGCUCCUGGCAGGGACACUUCAAGGUGGAGGAUGGUGUACUUCAAGUGCUCGAACCGGGCCUAUAUUACGUAUACGCCCAGAUCUGCUACCAUAAUUCGCACGAUCAGAACGGCUUUAUAGUCUUCCAGGGGCACAAGGCCUUCCUGCAGUGCCUGAACACGGUGCCCACGAAUAUGUCCCAGAAGGUGCACACCUGCCACACCAGUGGCCUGAUAAACCUCGAUAAGGAUGAGACAAUUCAUUUGAAGGAUAUCCACACCGAUCGCAAUGCCAUUUUGCGGGAAUCGAAUAACCGAAGCUACUUUGGCAUCUUCAAGGUUUAGAAUCUUAAGACAGAUGUGAAUGCGUUGCCAGUUUAAGCUUUAGUGAAUGCGAUUCAUCUCCAGCGUGUGGAUCCAUUAGUUUGUAGUGCCCUAGUCUUAGUCACACUCAUAAUCUAAUCUCAAUCUAAAUCUUAAUCAGGCUCACUGCUAUGAAGAGGCAGGAAUCGCAUGAAAAUCAUAUUUAUUUUGUAUAUAUAUUUCUACGAAAAAAAAGAAUCAAU